AUGAGGGAAGUCAAUUUCAGCAUCCCGAACGUCAACAAGGCGUCUGUUGGCAUCACGACUGCGCUGUAUGACCGUCGAGCACUUGACUGCACAUCUACCUUGCCGCUCAUCAACUCCCUCAACCACCUUGCAUACCUGACCACGUCUUCAGCUCGUAUCCGCGACAUUUUAACUGUCGAUGGAGGCAUCGAACGUCUCGUCUGCAUAUUAAAGCAAGGCCGGAGUAAAGAUAUGAUGGGCAUGUGGAAAUGGAAUCUUGCUUUCCAAUGUGUGGUUAAUAUCGGUGUCCGAGGAACUGAAAAUGUACGCACUCGUGUUGUCGAGGCCGACAUGGUGCCAGUAAUAGCCACCAUUCUUGACAAUUACAUCAAAAUCAUCGAAAAAUGCCGCGAAAAGGCGGAAGAAGCCAGCCAGAAACAGAUACAUGAACAUCACCGUCGUCACAGAGGACACGAUCAUCGCAGCUCCUCCAAACCAGCGACUUCCUUCGCCAACCGGUCUACUCGCCUUGAGCCCGAUCAGAGGUCUGCUGUCCGACGCCACGGCCCUCCUCCCUCCAUUGACGUGUCUGCGAGCUACGCUGGGCCGUCUACAACUUCGGCCCAGUCUACCGUUGAAGCCGUAACGGCAGCCUCGCGAGCUACUGCCACAACACCGGAGCGAGGUGCAACCACUGGGACCCGCCACCGGUACAGUUUCCGAGCGAGCGACACCCGUCAACCCAAUCCUCUUUCGGCUGGACCAGCACUGCAGCCUCUGGCGGGAGCAACAUCAGUUGUAGAGAGUAUUGAUGGGUUCGUGCGACCUGUUCGUGACUCGGAUCGUUUGGCAUCUAUGGCACUGUUCGGCCAUGGUGGCAAUGGAUCUCAACCCACUUCCCCUACUACACCACUUCCCCUACCACAACUGCGCUCUCCAACAGUGCGACCUAUAGCGCCAUCGAAUGCUGCGGCUGCUGCCGCCGUUGCGGCAACCACUGCCCUGGACGCUUCAGAUCGCCCACGGAGGAGGCCCUCUAUCAGACACCAGACGUCCACGGUAGAAACUGACGAUUUAAAUGCCGACAGCAUGCCAUCUGAUGAAUCUCCCGAUGCCGACAUGACUGGGACAACUGAAAUGCAGUCUACAGUCGGUAUCCAAGAUAUUUCCAUGGAGGACGGAGAGAGCAUAUUGGCGGGCUCAUCAUUGGAGCUGAAUACACCGACGGUGUCGGAAACACACCAAGACCCUGGCACUUUUAAUAUCACGCACCGCAAUGCCAUCGACGGCAGUAUCGGGAACACGACCAAUCCCACACCAGUGCCCACAAUGGGAUUAUCCCCAGGCCGGCCGGCCAUGGUCACACCACCGCAGCAACCCGCUCCCAACUCGACUGUGCCGAGGUAUCUACUGGAUCGUCACGUCGUUCCAACAGCGCAAAUGCUCGCUGUGAUGCCACGAGAAGAAGAUGUAUUAAUGUCCCUGCAACUUUUGGCCUAUGUCUCGAAGUACUGUGGGCUUCGGUCAUACUUCCAGAAGAGUCACUUGGUGCCUAAACUCUCCUUGGGUAUAAACUUGGCGGCACUUGAUGGGGAGGAAGAUGCAGCUGACAUGGAGGAUCCUGAUGAUUCUGACGAGGAAUACCUACUACCUAAUGAUUUCAACCUUUUCCCUCUCGUUGAGAAGUUUACUGUUCGAUAUCACAGCACUGAUAUGCAAUAUUGGGCCGGGGUUGUUAUGCGGAAUCUCUGCCGCAAGGACGAUACUCGUGGCGGCAUUCGACAGUGUGCCUACUACCAGUGUGGAAAGUGGGAAGAGUACACCAGACAAUUUGCCAAGUGUCGCCGGUGUCGCCGUACCAAAUACUGCAGUAAGGAAUGUCAGAAAAGCGCAUGGGCCUUCCAUCGUCAUUGGUGCGUCGCCGCAUCGCAGUAA